UGACAUUCGGCAAGUAAUACGAAUACAUAUAUUUCGUACCUAGGUGGGGAUUCCCUCGACUUCUUCACGUAUAAAUGCGCCAACAUCCGUACCUUUUAGUUAACAACCAAAUUGUGCAACAAAUCUUCAACAUGAAAGUAGUCGCUGUUCUCUUCGCCGUUUUGGCCGUAGCUCUUGCCGCUCCGCAAGGACAGGACAAAGAUGCCACCAUUGUGAGAAGUGAAUUAGAUAACAUUGGGACUGACGGCUUCAAUUGGGCAUAUGAAACUAGCAACGGUAUCUCCGCCCAGGAACAGGGACAAUUAAACAAUGCAGGAACUGACAACGAAGCCAUCGCAGUUCGAGGAUCUUUCAGAUAUGUUGGACCUGAUGGUGUGACUUAUGAAGUCACCUAUGUUGCUGACGAAAAUGGUUUCCAACCACAGGGUGCCCAUUUGCCAGUUGCUCCAUAGGAUCUCUACAUAAUUUUAAAACAAAAAAUUGUACAUAAUAUAUAAUAAAUAAAAUAAAAAUGUGAUAACAAUAUA